AUGGCCGCCCAAGGACAAAUAAACCCUAAGAAGCAGCAGGAGCUCCAGCUCCAAUACUCCAACUACAAAAACACACUGCAGCAGUUGGCUUCGAAAAUCGGAGACAUUGAGCAGGAAGCGGAAGAACACAAACUCGUCAUCGAGACGCUUGACCCCCUGCCUCAAGACCGAAAAUGUUUCCGCAUGGUGAACGGUGUUCUGGUUGAGCGCACGAUCCAAGAUGUUCUCCCCUCGCUGAAGACCAACUCGGAUGGAUUGAAGUCGGUGUUGGAGGAGCUGUUGAAGCAGUACAAGGGGAAGCAGGCGGAGAUGGAUACCUGGAAGAAAAAGAACAACAUCCAGGUCGUUCAGCCCUAA